UCCUUCUCCCCCUCCCGCCUCCUCCCCCUCCUCCAGAACCAUUCUCAGGAUGGUAGAGGUGUGUGUGUGUGCGGCGGAGGACAGUGACAACAUAGAGACCCAACGACAGCAGCAGCAGCAGGCAUGGAGGAGGGGGCCACUCCCGACCCAGAGUUUGUGGACGUGGACCAGGGCAUGACGUUGGCCUGUGUGGCCUUCCUCUGCCUUCUCCUGGUGGCAAUGAUCAUCCGCUGUGCCCGGGUCAUCAUGGACCCCUACAGCGCUAUACCCACCUCCACCUGGGAAGAGCAGCACCUGGAUGACUAGCGGGGAACAAGCUGUGCUGUUACACAUAUAGCCACACCUGUGAGGGUGCAGAUGCACAGGCACGUAGGGACAUGCACAUGAACGCAAGCGUGGGUAAACACGCACAUGCACAAAAGAAAGGAGAGGAGAAGAGAGGAGAGCUUGACCAGAGAGGAGAGUAGAAGAGAGGAGAAGAAAGGAGAGCUUGACCAGAGAGGAGAGGAGAAGAGAGGAGAAGAGAGGAGAAGAGAGGAGAGCUUGACCAGAGAGGAGAGGAGAAGAGAGGAGAAGAGAGGAGAGCUUGACCAGAGAGGAGAGGAGAAGAGAGGAGAAGAGAGGAGAGCUUGACCAGAGAGGAGAAUAGAAGAGAAGAGAGCUUGACCAGAGAGGAGAGGAGAAGAGAGCUUGACCAGAGAGGAGAGGAGAAGAGAGGAGAGCUUGACCAGAGAGGAGAGGAGAAGAGAGGAGAGCUUGACCAGAGAGGAGAGGGGAAGAGAGUUAUGGUGCCAAACAGUAACACUGCCUGUCAACACAUCUAUUGUCUGGUAUCAGUCAGUACUUGAGAAGUGCUGGACUGGGUGACAAUCAACCAUGGUCUGGACGCGUUACAGUCUGUGUCUACUCCUUCACCCUGUAAACUGCUUCCUGGACACACUAGGCAAUAUUGGUCAUGAUGAUGAUGAAGAGAAAGACUAUUUAGUACUUUAGGACUUUUUUCAGUUAAUUUAUUGAUCUUACAAAAAACAUCUGAAGUUUUGUAAAUUUUAUAUGGAAAAUAACAAUGACUUUGUCUACAUAAUAGUAUUGCUCAUGAAACAGGGCCUGUGUUUUUCAGCUUAUCGACUAAUAAGGCUCAGAGAAACUUUAUCCAUGUGUCAUGUUUGAAAAUGUGUCAGGCAACAGUAUGGCAAAGCAGUAGGGAAUUAAUGUCAUCUGUUACAGUCUAUACACACACACACACACACACACACACACACACACACACACACACACACACACACACACACACACACACACACACACACACACACACACACACACACACACACACACACACACACACACAAUACACUGCUCACCAAACUGCAGAGCAGGCACCUCACUCCAAUAACUUGUGGCUCAUAGCAAUGAACUAUCAUCCCCAGCCUUGUCCUCUUCCAGUCAUAAAUCAUCCUUGUUUGCGGCUGCUGUCUGCCAAUUAGCUUGAGCACAAAACGGUUAUGUUGGUCUAGUAUUUCUAUGUUCUGUUAUGAUGACUUAUGUCUCUAGCCAGUGCGUUUAUUACUUGUGAAACGAUUGUCUGACUUGCAUGUUAUGAAGUGCCUCAGCUGACACCACAGAAUAGAAAAGUUUGGCUGAAUUCCAAAUCAACUCCUCCCCUCUAUUCUAUGGAUAGGCGUGAGCAAUAGGGUGAAUAUUUCUCCUAGCCAAUCAGAAGACAAGAUGAAGCAAGGCAAUCACCAUGAUAUGUGAUUUAACCUGUCCGAUGCGUUCAUCGGUGCAUAGGGGGUAGAGGGUCUAGGGACUCGGGUCGGUUCGGAUUUGAGCAGAUUAUUAACAAGCAACUGGCAAAUUAGCGGCAGGUGACGGUUUGAUAUGAACCCAGAUUGUGCCACAUUUAGCCUCUCUAUAAUAAAGAUGAUUAUGAAUUACAAAAACCGUCUUUUGGAUGAGCGAGUUGUCUUGGUGUGAGAUUGUAAUUAGCUGUAAAUGAAAACCUAACGGAAUCUAAUCUUACAUGAUCUCGGACACGUAAUUGGGUCGUGUGGAAAGCCUGAUGACAUUUCGCUCAAUGUUCACCCACGGGUAACUCUCUAAGUUCCCUAAGGGCCAUUCUCAUCAACCCCUAUUUCAUAUAGAAGACUUAGAAAUAGUUAGUGUGCUACUACCAUUUUGAAUUCCGUGUUGCAGCUCGAGUCCAACCCACCACACUAUUGGUGUGAGACCCAAAUGGCACCCUAUUCCUUAUUUAGUGCACUACUUUUAACCAGAGCCCUAUGGUCAAGGGUAUGAUAAUGAUAAUAAGGUGCCAUUUGGGACAAAUCCUUGAUGUAAAAUCUCGACAAUCUUGAGGUUUCAAGGUUAGGUCCACUGUCUGCAAACAGACCUGCUAAUACAUAUGAGCAUUAUGCUAAUCAGGUUAAAUUAGAAUAAAAUAAAGUUUCAGGAAAUACAUUUUCCUCAGGGAGACAGGCUGUCAUGUAGAUGCUCUAACUCCUUUUAGGAUAAAUCCCUCCCUCCCUCCCUCCCUCCCUCCCUCUGUUUCGCUAAGCCUGUUUCUCUCCACAGCAGAAUGAGGCCUCCAGUUCUGACACUCACUGUGUUGUAAAGGUCGGAGUUGUUCUCAUGUUGAACAUGCUUUCAGGGGCACAAGUACAACAUUCAUAACAUUCAGCAUGCGUGUGUGUUACUCCGUCAUUGUAUCUGAUGCUUACAGUCUUCUUUCACACCUUGCUCCUCCUCCCUUGACUCUCCCUUCUCCUCUCAACCUCUUCCUCCCCUCCCCUCUCCUUCCUCCCCUCCUCCUCUACUCCCCUUCUGUAGGAGAGCAAACAGUUGUCCCUUCAGUUGUCCUCGUGAAACCCCAAUCUCUCUAUGCAGAGGUGUGUGCUUAGUCCCCUCCUGUACUCCCUGUUCACCCACGACUGCGUGGCCACGCAUGACUCCAGGACUUAAAAUGGUCCACACAAACACACACAGUCAUGAAGAAGACGUGACCACACCUCUUCCCCUCAGGAGGUAGAACAUAUUUGGUAUGGGCCCUCAAAUCCUCAAAAAGUUCUACAGCUGCACCACUGAGAGCAUAUUGACUGGCUGUACGGUACCAGUGCAUCAAGUCUGACACCAACAGUCUCAUGAACAGCUUCUACCCCCCAAGCCAUUAGACUGCUACAUCGCUAACAGAAUGGCUACAUGGACUAUCUGAGUUUACCCUUUUAUUUUAUUUUUGCACUGACUCUAUGUACACUCACAGGACUCCACACACACACACACACACACACACACACACACACACACACACACACACACACACACACACACACACAGUAUACCUGCACAUUGUAAAGAUGGUAUUGGCACUGACCCUUACUUACUUACUUACUUGUGAUUUUUUUUAUCUACUUUACUUUAUAGUACUACUGAUAUCGAUUAAUGCAAGAAAGGCAUUUCACUGUACUUGUUCACGUGACAUUAUAACUUGAAACUUGAAACACACACACAGUCACAUCAGCCAGCUGAUAUUAGGCAAUCAAAUCUCACAGGCCGUUAUUCCAGAACACACUGCGCGAUCCCCUCUAUGUACACUCACAGGACUCCACACACACACACACACACACACACACACACACACACACACACACACACACACACACACACACACACACACACACACACACACACACACACACACACACACACACACACACACACACACACACACACACACACACACACACACACAGUAUACCUGCACAUUGUAAAGAUGGUAUUGGCACUGACCCUUACUUACUUACUUACUUGUGAUUUUUUUAAUCUACUUUACUUUAUAGUACUACUGAUAUCGAUUAAUGCAAGAAAGGCAUUUCACUGUACUUGUUCACGUGACACUAUAACUUGAAACUUGAAACACACACACAGUCACAUCAGCCAGCUGAUAUUAGGCAAUCAAAUCUCACAGGCCGUUAUUCCAGAACACACUGCGCGAUCCCCUUUUAUUCGAAGGCAAACGAGUGACAUCUCACGACACACACAGACACCAUCGUUUUAGGGCUUAACCUUCCUCCUAUCUCCCCCAUAUCUCACAGUCAGGUGUGAAAUUGCCCUCAAACACAAAGACAUAAUCCAAGCAAAUCAAACGGCUGGGGGAAGGAGGAGAGAUCUGACCUUUGAAAUCCCUGUGGUUUUCCGAGCAAGGAGGAAUGAGGAAUAAGUUUAGCUAAUUAGCAUGUCGGUUCAGCUGCCCAGGGAAAUGACUCCACUGGAACCCAUCACUAGGCUUCUGCUAGUCAGAGAAGAGCUUCCCUGGCAUUGACAUGGUUUUAGUAGCUUGUCUUGGCUCUGCUCACGGUUGCAAAAUUCUGGUAACUUUCCAAAAAAUUCCCAGGUUUUCCAGAAAUCCUGGUUGGAAGAUUUCCGGAAUCAGGAGAGAAUAAGAAGGAAUCCUCAAAACACUCUUUCUGGUAAACACGGGAAUUCUGGGAAAGUUAGUGAAACUUUGCAACACUAAAUCUGUUAAAAUGUCUGUUUUCUUCCACAAGAAUAAGGCCCUACUUAGUUAGUUGUUGAAAAGUCUAUUAUAAAAGUCUAGGGUUGGAAUGUUAUAGGAACUAAACAUAAGCAAUACCUACAACAUACUGUAUUUGGUUGUACUUUUAUAUGAACAGCUGCUGUUUUUAUAAUGUUUUAUGACAAUAUAAUUCAUACAUCAUUUAAUGUCACCCUGCCAUUUUAAAACGAAAGAUGGCUACUGUAAUAUCCAUCCAAAAGCACAAACAACCUCAACUAACUGGUUCAAAGUCCCCAUUCCAAAGCACAAUACCUAAUGGUGGUUAAUAUUUGUCCAGAAGCAUUUCUGGGAAACCGGUCUUUUACAGAACUUUAAUCAAGUGGCCCCAAACCUUUCCCUUCCUAUUCCUGUGUCAUUGAUUUCAACCUCUCAAAUGAAAUGUCGAUUUCCACCUAAAUAGACAUACCUUAAAGUAACUGCUUUUAAUGAGCAGUUAUAUGAUAAGGAUAUUAAUAAACUUGGUAUCAUUGGAAACAACACACCUGGGAGAUUGAGGAAAUGGUCAGAAGGUAGACAGGAAUGGCACAGUUCAUAUCACACAAGAUCAAGCAUACACAAAGGAACCAGUUUUGUUUUGAAAGUGAUCUUUCAUGGACAAGCUAUAGGUCAUUUCUUGAUUAAUAGAACUGGAAACACAUCAGAUGGCUUCCACAGCAAAUCAAAAACUUCUGGGGAAAAAUAACAUCUGGGACUGACAGAUAUGACAGCUAGAACUUUACAGACGUUUAAUAAGGGGUGGGGUCAAGGGACAUCUCCAAGAGUCCACUCAACCUCUCCGUUUAGAACCACCAAGACUCUUCCUGGAGCUGGCCGCCCGGCCAAACAGAGCAAUCGGGGAGAUGAGCAUUGGUCAGGGAGGUGACUAAGAACCCGAUGGUCACGCUGACAGAGCUCCAGAGUUCCUCUGUGGAGAUGGGAGAACCUUCCAGAAGGAUAUCCAUCUCUGCAGCACUCCACCAAUCAGGCCUUUAUGGUUGAGUGGCCAGACGGAAGGCACCCCUCAGUAAAAGGCACAUGACAGCCCGCUUGGAGUUUACCAAAAGGCACCUAAAGACUCUCAGACCAUGAGAAACAAGAUUAUCUGGUCUGAUGAAACCAAGAUUUAACACUUUGGCCUGACUGCCAAGCGUCACAUCUGGAGGAAACCUGGCACCAUCCCUACGGUGAAGCAUGGUGGUGGCAGCAUCAUGCUGUGGGAAUGUUUUUCAGCAGCAGGGACUGGGAGACUAGUCAGGAUUGAGGCAAAGAUGAACAGAGCAAAGUACAGAGCGAUCAUUGAUGAAAACCUGCUCCAGAGCACUCAGGACCUCAGACUGGGGCGAAGGUUCACGUUACAACACGACAAUGAACCUAAGCACACACAGAGGUGGCUUCGGGACAAGUCUCUGAAUGUCCUUGAGUGGCCCAACUAGAGCCCGGACUUGAACCUGAUCAAACAGCUCUGGAGAGACCUGAAAAUAGCUGUGCAGUGAUGCUCCCCAUCCAACCUGCCAUAACUUGAGAAGAUCUGCAGAGAAGAAUGGGAGAAACACCCAAAAUAAAGGUGUGCAAAGCUUGUAGUGUCAUUCCCAACAAGACUCAAGGCUGUAAUCGUAAUCGUUGCCAAAGGUGCUUCAACAAAGUACUGAGUAAAUGAAUAGCUAUGUAAAUGUAUUAUGUAAAACACUUCCAGAAAUAACAAUGCAACAGUCAGUUUUAACAUAACUGUGUAUUUAACAUAAGUCUAUUUUCUGGCAUUUUAACACCUCAUUUUACCAGCAUUGCUUUGUGUAGACUUGAGAAAAAUAGACUUGCUUUCUAACUUGACGCACCAUGACACUAUUAAUGCUUCCAGCAUGUCUUCUCUCAUUCAGUAUCAGUACCAUGCUUACCAAUCAAUUGUUACACACACUCGUUUACGCGCGUAAAAACAAUGGCUUUCCAUUUGAUUUGGGUUUUAAAAUAGAGGGCUACAUUCCCGCUGGAUACCCACUGGAACUGCAGGUCCGGACAGAUAUCGAUGCAUUUUUCAUGUUGUGGGCCGGAGCAGGCGUCAGACGAUGUUGGGAAUAAAUAUUUGUGUUGUCCUGCUGAUUAUAUGGAAACGGUCGUCUUUCUGCUUUGUAUGCGUUAGUCUGCCUAUCUUAUUAAAAUGACGUAUUUCUGCUUUGUAUGCGUUAGCCUACCUAUCUUAUUAAACUGACGUCUUUCUGCUUUGUAUGCGUUAGUCUACCUAUCUUAUUAAAAUUAAGUAUUUCUGCUUUGUAUGCGUUAGCCUACCUAUCUUAUUAAAAUGACGUCUUUCUGCUUUGUAUGCGUUAGCCUACCUAUCUUAGAAAAAUAUGUAAUUUUAAUGCAAUAUUCACUGGUUCAAAUUCAGUAGCCUCUCUCCUCAUAGUUCGGCGUGCGUGUUCAAUUGCUAGUAUGUGUGGUCUCAUUGAAAUAGAGUUGGCUGCCUACAUGGGCGGAGAACGUGGCAGUUAACUUAAAUAUGAAAUUCAAUGAAAUAUGAUUAAACUGUAGUUUAAUACAAUGUCUGUAAAUAAAUAUUGAUAAUGGAAAGAAGUGGAGAGUGCUCGGCCAAUGUCCAAUGUGAGUCGAAGUGCAAUCAAAAUAUGUUAUCCUCAUUGAAAAGGAACAGGCACUGCGUGCUCAUAUGUUAGGCUACUAUGGUGAGCGAGCAUUGCGUAUUUUCAAGUAUUGACUACCCAUGAAUUUGUCUCUGCCUGCAAAUCGUCUUCCUAAAACGUAGGCUGUAUGCUUUAUGAAAAAAUGGAGCAAGUGUCACUGACAUCAUUACAGCUCCAAGUUCAGUAGCCAUACCUGCGAGAUCAGGUGCGUGUGCUCGCAAUUAAAUAGAGUAGGCUGUUGUGUAUGCAUGUGUGUAACGCUCGUCGUUGUAAGGAUGGUCGGACCAAGAUGCAGCGUGGGGUAGGUUAAUCAUCUUUUAUUAAUGAUAACCAGCAACAAAACAAGAACGCGUAACCAACGAAACGUACAACCUUAUAGUGCUCAAAAGCAACCAUACAAAAUCAAGAUCCCACAAACAACAGGUGGGAAAAUGCUGCCUAAAUAUGAUCCCCAAUCAGAGACAACGAGAGACAGCUGCCUCUGAUUAGAAAACAUGCCAGGCCAACAAAAACUACAAAAAACUAGAGUACCCACCCUAGUCACACCCUGACCUAACAAAAAUAGAGAAUAAAAAGUCUCUUAAGGUCAGGGCGUGACAAUGUGCAUAGAAGCACAGGGCAGUUAUCUUUCCAAGGAAAUGUACAUACUAAAUGUGAUUAGGCUAUAGUUUUUUUAAACAUUGCCUUUAAAUAAAUAUUGAUCCCCCAUAUGUCUCAGAAUAAAAAUUGUCCCACUCCUAAAAGGUAGGCUAUAAAAAUAAUUUAAAGUUGUAGUAGUAGAAUACACAAGGUGCAAUUUUGAAAUUCGGUAGUGCAUCAUCAGUUCCUCUUGUCAUGUGUGUCAAUGCAUACCUUAUAGAGCUAUUUAUAACUUGUCAGAAAUGUCCAGAUCAACUUGCUCAUCUCAACUAACGUUUUUUAUUUAUUUCGUUUUUUAAGCCCAUAGAUUUGUGUGCCCAUACAGCCGGAAAAAAGUGAAAUGAAAUGAAAACGUCACAAAAUGUCAUCAUAAUAUAUGCACAAAGCAUGCAGACACCUAUUCCAUUAAACAUUUUCAAGCCGUCAGGGUGCUGCCUCGUGGAAACAGAGUUUGGAGGUCAGUACUGAGGAGCUAAAGAAGAGACACAACUACACCUGUACUGCCUCUCACCUCAGUCUGGACAACAAGCUGGAUGUCAGUUGGGAGUCUGGGGCAGAGAGAGUUCACCUAUCCACCCUCUCAGUUCUACUGGUGAUGCUGCUGGUUGUUAUUCUAUUGGGCAUUUUCAUUUGUGUCAAAAGGAGGUGGAGUAACACUGCCUCACAGUCUAAACUGGUCAACGUUGAUGCAACAGUGUCAGAGAAAACAAACCUUUCUUCAGAUUCUGAGACCUAAUAUAUUCUUGGGACACUUAUGCACUUUUGUCAUAUCAGCUCAAUUCACAAUGAAAAUAUGCCUGCCAGAGCACUUAUCAGAGCAGAAACAAAAUAUGCAAAGGAUUCUGUUAUUGUUGGUCAGUAUUCCUUUCCCCUCAAUAAAGGACUGUAAAGGAUCCGUUUGGGGAGACUGUUGACUAACCAACAUCUGGUCAUUAGUCCAGAUCUACAUUUAUAUAUGUUAUAGCCUGGUUUGGCAUCCUGAGCAUUAACAAAGCUAAUCUGUUAGUUAUUUUGUGAUGUAUUCUGUAAUUUAUAAUCAUGACUAUUCAUUACUUGUACAAUUCUAUCUGUGCUUUAUUGGCUGAUAUCCAGUUUCUUACCCAGAAGGAGAAUCAUGUGAUCAUGUGUAUGAGGUUUGUUUAUUAUUGAAAUACUUUAAAGUGUCUCUGUGUUGUAUUGCACUGCAUUGAUCCAUGUUAACUAUGUCAUUAAUUCAUGUUAAUUAUGUACCUUAACUUCUCUCAGGAACUUGUUUAUCACUGUGGAAGGUAGCAAAAUCGGACUCUAUUUCACUCCAGUUUAAGACUGGCAUGAGUAUUAAACUAAGGUGAGUGUUGUAUGCAUUACAAACAGUGAACCAGUGUUAUGAUAAAACACAUUUAAUAGAGAAUGAAUCUGUUUGAUCAUGUUCAGGGCCAUGAAAAGUCCUGUUCUGUUUUACAGUAUGUACACCGCUCGUUCUAAACAUCCUUUCUUUAGUGUUACUUUCCCCCAGUCAAAUAUUCAGAGCUUCAUUUCCACUUCAAUGUCACGCCCUGGUCGAAGUAUUUUGUGUUUGUCUUCAUUUAUUUGGUCAGGCCAGGGUGUGGCAUGCGUUUUUGUAUGUGGUGUGUUUGUAUUAGGAUUGUAGCUUAGUGGGGUGUUCUAGUUAAGUCUAUGGCUGUCUGAAGUGGUUCUCAUUCAGAGGCAGGUGUUUAUCGUUGUCUCUGAUUGGGAACCAUAUUUAGGCAGCCAUAUUCUUUGAGUGUUUCGUGGGUGAUUGUCCUUAGCGUCCUGAUGUCCGUGGUUAUUUACACCAGUAUAGGCUGUUUCGGUUUUUGUUACGGUCUUUGUUUUGUAGUGUUGGUAAUUGAUUUGUGUUUUACGUUUGUUUAUUAAACAUGGAUCGCAAUCUACACGCCG